AUAGCGAACGGUUCGUUCCACGGCUCCUCGCACUGCGUCGCACACACACACACACACGAGCGAUACUUUCCCUCUACAUGUGUACAUGUGUAUAUGGAUAUAUCUGAUUACACACGAGGAGAGUAUAUAGCCCAGCCAGUCAGCCAGCCAGUUGACUUGUUUAAGCAAAUAUUAUCAGAACAAAUAAUAAGAAGAGUGAAGUGACUAAACAAACAACUAAAUCGAGUGGCAGACAGCAAAAAAAAGAAGAAAGAAAAACUCCCACAAGGAGUGCGCCCGGUGUGGCAUAGAUCUUUAGCACAGAUCUUGCACCAGCCAGAAUCGUAUCGUAUCGCAUCGCAUCGUCCAUCCUGCAGCAAGAUGCACACUCUGUUCAGCGAUCAGAACUCGUUCUCCCGCCACUACGCCCAGACGGCCGCCGGCUAUAGCUCGGCCUCUGCGGUGGCGGCGGCCAGCAGUGCCUCAGCGGCGGCAGCCGCCCACUACGCCUACGACCAGUACUCGCGCUAUCCGUACUCGGCCAGUGCCUACGGCCUGGGCGCACCGCACCAGAACAAGGAGAUCGUGAAGCCCCCGUACUCGUACAUCGCCCUCAUUGCGAUGGCCAUCCAGAAUGCGGCGGACAAGAAGGUGACGCUGAACGGCAUCUAUCAGUACAUCAUGGAGCGGUUCCCCUACUAUCGGGACAACAAGCAGGGCUGGCAGAACUCCAUCCGGCACAACCUCAGCCUCAACGAGUGCUUCGUGAAGGUGGCCCGCGACGACAAGAAGCCCGGCAAGGGCUCCUACUGGACCCUCGAUCCGGACUCGUACAACAUGUUCGACAACGGCUCCUUCCUGCGGCGGAGGCGUCGCUUCAAGAAGAAGGACGUGAUGCGGGAGAAGGAGGAGGCCAUCAAGCGGCAGGCGAUGAUGAACGAGAAGCUGGCCGAGAUGAAGCCCCUCAAGCUGAUGACCAACGGCAUCCUGGAGGCCAAGCACAUGGCCGCCCAUGCGGCCCACUUCAAGAAGGAGCCGCUCAUGGAUCUGGGCUGCCUCAGCGGCAAGGAUGUCUCCCAUGCGGCAAUGCUCAACUCCUGCCACGACAGCCUCGCCCAGAUGAACCAUCUCGCGGGGGGCGUGGAGCACGCCGGCUUCACGGUGGACUCCCUGAUGAAUGUCUACAAUCCGCGGAUCCAUCACAGCGCCUAUCCGUACCACUUGAACGACGACAAUCUGGCGUCGGUGGCCAGCAGUCAGAUGCAUCACGUGCACCAUGCGGCGGCCGCCCACCAUGUCCAGCAGCUGCGGCACGUGGGUCACGUGUCGCAUCCCCUCACGCCCGGCGGCCAUGGGGGUGGCGGUGGAGCUGGCGGCGGACACAAUAGUGGUGGCAUCCAAUCCUCGGGACACUCGCCCACUACGAUCUCAACGCCGCAUGGUCCGGCGCAUGGUGGAUGGUACACCCCGGAGACGCCGCCCUCGGAGCCCAUACCCAACGGCGGAGGCGGACAGCAGGGCACGCCCACACACCCCGGCCACACCAACAAUCCCAACAACCCCAACAAUCCCAACAACAGCAACAACAACAGCUCGAGUGUGCACAACAACAACCACAGUCACAGCCACAGUCACAACAGUCACAGCCACAACGGAGGCGGCGCCUCGUCGGUGCUGACGAGCAGUCCGAGCUCCGCCUUGGGCUUCCGCGACAUGAUCUUCGAGCAGAACCAAUCCUGCCAGCUGGACACUGGCAGUCCCACCGGCAGCCUCCAGUCGGCCAGUCCCCCAGCGUCCGCGAGUGUGGCCGCAGCCUCGGCAGCGGCCGCAGCGGCGGUGAUCAGCAGCCAUCACCACCAUCAUCAUCAUCAUGCGCUGAGCGGGAAUCUGGGGCAGCUGGGGCAACUGGGGCAGCUGAGCAACCUGAGUCACUAUCGGCCCCACAUGGGCCACUAUCAGGAGUACGGCAUCAAGUAUGGCGUCUAGGGGGGAUGUGGAUGUCGAUGUGGAUGUGGAUGUGGAUGUGUGUGGCAUGUUCCAAAGUCUAGCUGUAAUCUCUUGUAUAUUCGUGUAAAUAUAUUUCCAAGAACGAUCCACAGCUCUAGAAAGUAUCUCACUCAGUAUCGAAUUUAUUGCAGAAAUUGUUUAAAUUUAAAUUUAAUUAAAUUGUUUUCAUUGCUUGAAACUACACAAAAAUCGUAUACGAUGGCAAAGUUUUAGUUGUUGGUUUUAUACGUAAACCCCUCCCUUAAUAAUAAUAAUAAUAAUUAAAAUUAAUAUUAAAAUACAAAUAAUAAUAUUAAUUAAUAUGUAAUAAUUAUUCGUAAUUAUUGUAAUUGUAAUUGUUAUCACUGUAGGAUUAGGGUACACCGUACACACUCUGCUAUCACCAUUGAUAGAUAGAUUUAUCGCUUAGAUAUCACCCACUUACUUAUAAACCAUAGCAGCUAGCCCACUUAAGCAAUAAUAAAUUAUACAGAUUAAAAUUAAUAGCUACGAGUAUAAUAUAAUUAUUGUAUCCAAUCCAGAAACAACAAGCAAACCCAACCCAACCCAACCCAUAUGAGCCGAACAAAAAA